GACCUGAUCCAGCGGCUCGAGGACAAGUUGACCGUUAACGAGGAAAAUGACCUUUAUCCGUCUAAGUCUGAGGACGUGGACGCAGCCGAUAUGGAGGACAUUGAGAACUCGCCCGCGGCGAUCCGGGGGCAGGAGGAGAGAAUGGUAAUGAACGCACCCAAAAGAAUUGCCACCGAAAGCCCUGUGGUGUCACACCUGAAAGAUCUAAUCGGUUUGAGGAGGACGGCCAAAUCGUUCAACAGUUGUUUCGGUAACCGGAUUGAGAGAAUCGGCUCGUGGAGCGGACUGGGGUGCAAUAACGUCAAGACUGGUAUAUCUGAUGGCAAUUAUUUGAGUGGAAUGCCUUUAAACAAAUAAAUAAGCUCAAGAAUGUAGUACGAUGUCAAUUUGUGUGGAAAAAAGUCCAUACUUUGAGGCUAAAAGGUAUGCGUAAAAUGUAUUGGUUUUACGCACGAAUUGAUUUUACGCAUAGCUCUGUCUAUUGUAAGAUAUAACAUAAAGGUUGUUGCAAGAUCACACACACAUCGAUAUUAACUCCAUUACAUUAUUAUAAUCAAGAAAGGGCUGUAUAUUCUUUAUUAAUUGAUACAAUUUAGGGCUAUGAGUUGAACUUCUGCAUGGUGAUGUUUGACUAACAAUAUAACCACUAAAAAUGAAAAUAAUGAGUUGAUUAUGAUAUGAUUUUAAUUUGUAUUUGCAGGUAACAAGAAGAGAAUAUCUUGGAACUGA